AUGGCUUCAGCAUCGCCUUCCGGCCCAGCAGGGGCGCCCACGAAGCAACAGUUGCCACUCUCGUCCUCUGCCGGCGGUGUUCCACCUCGUCCUCCCUCCCCACUUGCAGGCCCAGCCCCUCUCGUCUACCUUGCCACGUACUCUAAUGUACCCGUCUACGAGAUCACCAUUCGCGGCAUUGCCGUCAUGCGCCGACGCGCUGAUGGCUUCCUGAAUGCUACCCAGAUCCUCAAGGUGGCAGGCAUUGAGAAGGCAAAGAGGACAAAGAUUCUCGAGAAGGAGAUCUUGACCGGCGAGCAUGAGAAGGUUCAGGGCGGGUAUGGAAAGUACCAGGGGACUUGGAUCCCACUGCGUCGCGCUCAAGAGCUCGCAGCGACCUACAACGUUGCUCACCUCCUGCGACCAGUCCUCGAGUUCGACCCGCGUACCGCAGAUUCGAUCCCGACGGCUGGGCCGAAGCGUCGUCCUAAUCCCAAUGCGCCGGCCAACAGCGCUCUCUUCAAAGGUGCAAAUGCUGGAGCCAACGCGAACGGGCCUCGCAAGAGCUCAACGCCGACGAAGGGACCGAGCCAGCAGCCUCGCUUCCUCACGCUUCGAGCUCCUCCAAGCGAUGAUGCUGCCGGCCCUUCAGCAGCAUCGACCUCCGCAGGAAUCCCACCAGGCUCGACCUCGACCAUGCGCCAGGCGCUGUCCAACUAUUCCGAGUACGGCUACACACCGCAGGGCGUCCCACUUCCUACACCGAGCAAGAACAAGCGCACAGAGCCGGACGAGGCCAACUCACCCAGCGAGCAACAGCAAUCGCAGCCUUCAAAGCGCCCUCGCGCAGAUAUUGGUCCCUCACCGGUCAAGGACCUCGCGGCCCUGGUUAGCCCCGAGUCGUCAUUCAGAGGAGCCUCACAUCCGCGCCUACAUCGCGUACCUCUAGGCCCCCCAGACGAGCUGGUAGGGAAGGCAGGAAAUGCACGCUUCGCAGAUCGACCACAGCCUGUACGCUCAGAGGACGAGGGCGAGAAGAGGAUGAAAGAGCGACUCGUCUCCUACUUCAUGGAGGACGAAGGCGAGGAUAGAGCAGCGCAACAGGGCACGCCAGUCGAGCGACUCAACACAAUCCUCAAUGAGCUUCGUGCCGCGGUCAGCCUGGGCGGGGCAGCCUCCUCAAAUGACGAAGGCGGACCUGCCCCGUGCAUUGACUUGGUAAUUGACGACCACGGGCACACGGCCUUGCACUGGGCUUCAGCGCUCUGUCGACUACCCUUGGUCAAGACGCUCGUGGCACUCCCUACCUCGGAGGGAGGCGCCAACCUCUUCGCCGGCAAUGCAGCAGGCGAAACGGCAUUGCAUCGCUCCGUCCUCGUCACCAACGCAUACGACGCCUCCCUCUUCCCCGACCUCCUUACCCUCCUCUCCCCUACGCUCCACACCCGAGACUUCAAAUCUCGCACUGUCCUACACCACAUCGCUCUAGUCGCCGCUCUGAAAGGUCGUGCCACCCCCGCAAGAUACUACUUGGCGUGCCUGCUGGAGUACAUUGCCCGCCAUGAGGGAGGCAAGUUCAGUGCAAUCGUCGACGCGCAGGACGAUGAUGGGGAGACUGCAUUGGGGAUUGCGGCUAGGCAAGGGAACAGCAGCAUGGUCAAGAUGUUGCUCGAGGUCGGUGCGAGGAAAGAUUUGCCUAAUUGUCUCGGGCUCAAGCCGAGCGACUGGGGCAUCGAUGGCGGGCCCUCGACCUCCACCAGCAACGCAGCAUCGAGCUCUACCGCUGCCGGCGACCUGAGUGCUCAGACCCGGGAAGACCUCAAAGAAUCGCGCAGCGAUCUCGUCACGGCUCUCAUGCGCCCGCCCGCUGCACCUCUCCAAAAGUCGCAAGACGUCCUCGAUCAGCUCCGCUCCAUCCUCGACGGCCUCUCCUCCACCUCCUCCGCCGAGCUGACAGCGAAAGCUGAAGCCCUCGCAACGGCACAGAGCCACUUGCAGUCUGCCACGCGUGAGCUCACUAGCAGACGCAAGGCGGUCAAGGGCAAGCAGGCCGAAGUUGCUUUGCUACUCGAGAGAAGGAUCAGGGUGGGCAAUCUGAAGAGACGACUGGCGAGAGUGCUGAGUGGAAGGGCCGUCGCCGGGGAGGAGAAGGGUGGACAGCCGGCCCUACCGGAAGUAGAGCAGAGUGUCAUCGACCAGCUUGUGGUGCGACACGACAGUGGGGAAAUGAAGCGCGACGAGGAUGGACUACUCGACUCUGUCCUCGGCACAGUGAAGGACAGCGAUCCCCCUUCUGCUAUCCUUCCAUCAUACCGCUACGCCACCUCCUACCUCACCCAGCUCAACGCGACGCUCCGCACUUCCAUCACCCAAUUGCGCUCCGAGUCGACCCUCCGCGAGUCACAAUGUCGUCGCGUGGUGGCCAUGUACUCUCGCAUCGAGGAGGGUAAAGUCGAGGCCAUCCUCGACGACUUGGUCAACGCCGUCGAGACGAACAGUGAUGUGGAUCUGGCUAGGGUGGCCGGCUUCUUGGCCAAGCUGGGAGGGAGCGCUAAGGGAGGGAGGAAGAUGGGAGCAGGCGAACCCUCUUCAUCCCCUCGAAGAGGGGAGACUCAUGCGGCGUGA